AUGAUGGUAGCUUUGGCAGAGCGCCUCAGAAAGGCGUCCCACUGGCUAACUUCACAGGAGAGAACUGGCAAGCCUCCUGAAGCGGGCUUGAGUGCGCUUACGGCAAGGAAGUCAAGCAUAAACUAUCCACCGGACUUGGAAGCACAGGAAGUACCGAACUUGGAAGCACAAGAACAUGACGUGGCAUCACAGGGCCAGGAGAAGAGAAAGUUCCGCAAGAACUAUGACAUUCUCAUCCUUCGACUGUUGAUCAUGUUCACGCUGGCCUGCCUCCUUUCAGGCAGCACAGCCCUAACAUUUUUCCUGAGCAGCGCAACGUGUGGCAAUUCUCUCACUCAACUUGUCCAGUCGUAUCAGAACGACCUCAUAGAACGAACGUCUGAUGACGUUUUGAAUCUUUUCGGGAGUGGCGACCUCUGCGCACGAGUCUUGGUCGGAUCCAUGCAGAGGAUUCAUGCUGCUCGAAUAAGCUGGACGAACGACACGCUGGACGAUCUGACGUCCUCGCUAGGCUUCUUCCAAACGGACGGCACUUACACUACUAUCAGUUUAGCAGACAAUUCUACGGCAGUUGGCAAUACCCCCUCUAGUCGAAUCCAGAUGAACUUCAACAACGAGACGACGCCAGCAGGUCGACUUCCUCGACGUUAUUAUACGUAUUUGGCAGAAAACACCGGCGAACCUCUUAGCCCGCCCCACGAGAUCGCCAGGCUCGAUCCCCGCACCCGGGAAUGGUACGUCCAGGCACUGAGCAACGCAGACGGGCUGGCCGCUCAAGUGCUGGUCGGCGCAAGCGGACGGUCCCAGUUGGCCCUCGGGCGGCGCGUCAAGCACCCCACAAACGGCGAAGUCCUCGGCGUGAUCGGGCUUUCAUUCUACCUGACGACGAUCAGCCGAUACAUGAGCGAGUUCGACCUCAAGGGGGGGCUCAUGUACGUCACGAAUGGGACCAUGCUAGUUGCUGACACGGUGGCAGACUACCCGGCCGCCACGAACGUCUCGACGGGGUCCCUUUUACCAGCCAGCGAGUCGGCCAGUCCAGUCGUCAGAGAUUCUUAUGCGUACUUGCAGAGCGUGGGGCAUGGCAACGUGUCCGACGCGAGCACUUUCCGCAAGGUGCGCUUGGGCGGACGUCCGUAUUUCCUGCAGUACAAGUAUCUGCAGUUCCGCAACAUCGUUCUCCGGCAAGUCAUGGUGCUGCCGCGUGAGUCCGUCAUGGGGUCCAUUGACAGCGGCGCGCGAUACACUAAAGCGAUCGUCGGUGGAGUCACGGCGGCGAUCUUUGCGCUAGGAUCCCUGCUAAUUGUGCUGUUCACGGAUCCGGUCAGCAAGGAGAUGCGGCUCAAGGCGCAGGUGAUUGAGAAUCUGGAGGGGAGGAGGCAGGCGGAGGCGCGAGAGGAAUUCAAGACGAAAUUUCUGGCGAGGACCAGCCACGACCUGCGGACCCCCUCUGCGGCCAUGCUGGGGCUGCUUGACAUGAUCCUAGAGUCCUCGCUGGAGACCGAGCAAGCCGAUAGAGUGAAGCAAGUCAAAGAGUGCGCGCUCACGCAGCUGAACCUGCUGAACGACAUCCUGGACUUCAGCAAGAUCGAAGCAGGGAAGAUGCAGCUCGAUAACGAGGUCUUCGACAUAGGCAACAUGCUGGAGUCUUUGACGGACAUUUUCAGCGUACAGUGCACAGCCAAGGGCCUUGAAGUCGGAUUGGACAUGGACAAUGCGGUCCCUAGGAUGGUGAGAGGCGACCCAACGCGGUGCAGGCAAAUCUUCACGAACCUGCUUAGCAACAGCAUCAAGUUUACCAAGGAAGGCUACGUUCUUCUGCGCUGCUACCCGCUGCCUGUCGAAGACUUCCAGGGGAGCCCCGACUUUCCCGAUGUGCUUGCCAACAACCUCAAUCAAAGCCCCACGGUCCGUCUCGCCUUUGAGAUUGAAGACACUGGAUGCGGCAUCCCCCCGGAAAAGCGCGACCUCGUUUUUCAAGAUUACUGCCAGGCCGACGUAUCCACCACGCGCAACCACGGCGGCACGGGCCUCGGCCUGGGGAUCGUCAAAACUCUGGUUGACAUGAUGGGGGGUCAGAUUGCCAUCGUCGACAAAACAGGGCCCGGGACGCUCUUCCGGUUCCACCUCGAAUUCAAGAGGGACGACCCCACCACGCCCGCCCCGGUCACGUCCUCCCUCGUCCGCCAAUCGCGCCCCUCGUUCUCACUCGGCGGGCCGCCGCCGGAGCCGCGCGCGUUCGCGCGCUUCCGCGUGGUGCUCGGGAGCGGCCGCGGCCUGUCGCGGUCGCUCGCCGCGGCCGCGCUGCGCCGGCAGGGCGCGGCCGUGGUCGAGGCGGCGUCCUGGGGCGAAGUCCUCGACGAGCUGCGUUCCUCAGCGGAGCGGUCGGGAGGACACCCCGGAACGCAUUUUGGUGGGGAGUCGCCGGAGUGGGCGGGGGGCGCGGGCCACCACGGACCGCCCCUAUACUGCGCGCUUCUCGCGCUGUCAUUACUGCCCAAGGAGCUGAGCGUCGAACAACUCGAGGCGGCCGCGAUGCAAGUGCGCGAGGCGUUGGGAGAAGCAGGACCGCAUGCCGUGGCGGUGGCGUGGGUCGUCCCGACCACCACGCCGGCCGUGCUGCGGGCCGCGCUCAAGCGCGCGGGCUUCCCAAUCAUCGUCAACAAACCGCUGUACGAGUCAAAGCUACACCGGCUGCUGCACACCCUGGCCGGGACGCACGACGAGGACCUCCCCUGCGGCUGCAAGGACUGCCCGGUCUGGGCAACCGAGGCGAAAGGCAAGGCCCCGUUCGCCCGGGCAAACGCCCGGUUGUCCGAGCCGCUGACCUACCGGUCGGGAGAUUGGGACGGGGGAGGUCUGGUGCGGACGCAGAGCGCGCCUAUGGACAUGCGAGCGGAGCUGGAGGAGAUCCGCGUGGUGAACGAUGACUGCAUUGUGGUCGUAGAGGCGGAGACGGGCGACCAGCCGCUCAGGGGGAUGGUCGUUCUGGUCGCCGAGGACAACCCGGUCCUGCAGCUGGUCGCGGCGAAAACGGUGAAGAAGCUUGGAGCGCAGGUUGUGACGGCGAACGACGGCGGCGAAGCGAUGGACGCGAUUGUGCGCCGGCGGGAAUCGACGAGCCAGAUGUUUGACUUCAUCCUGCUCGACUGCCAGAUGCCCGUAAUGAGCGGUCUCGAGGUGACCCGCCGCCUCCGCAAACUAGAGAGGGCCACCAGGGAGCACACCUUGGUGAUCAUGCUCACAGCCAGCGCCACACCCGCCGCGGACCGCAGGGCGUCCAAAGAAGCGGGGGUGGAUUUGUACCUUACGAAGCCCUUGGAUGCACGCUCGUUUGCCAAGAGCGUUACCGCGCUCCUUCAGGCCGAAAAAUAG